UCCUAGUGCAGUCAGCCAGGCCAGGAUGGCGCUGACGAGCGGCAGCAUGAAGCUGACGCCGUUCCAGCCCGCCACCGGGCUGCAGCCAGCAGCCUACAUGCAAAUCUAUACUCUCGCCCCUGGCUCCGAUCUGCUGAGCUCAGGCCGCAAUUACGAAUAAAAAAUUAGCCUCUACAUCAAACUGCAGCUUAAACUAAUCGCACGGCGAUCGCAGGAUCCGACGAGCCACCCCGCAUCUCGUGCUCCUCUUCGCUUCCCACCGAACCCCGCUUAUCGAGAUCCAAAUCCAGCGCCAGAAUGCCCGAGGCGGCGCCGCCCCCGCCGCUGCCGCUCCUGGCGGCGGCGAGCUCCCCGGCGGCUGCUGCACUGCCGCGGGCGAGGCGGCGGCAGCAGCGGAGGGGGUGGCGGCGCCCGCGCAGGUUGCUGGUCUGGGGCGUCCUCGUGGCAUUCUUCUUCAUCAUGAACUGGUGGAUGUUCUCCCGACUUCAGGACCCCUCGGCGCGCCCGCACUUCCGGUUGAGGCGCCACCCACCCCGCGCGCCCGCUACUGUCAAUUCGUCGCUCUCGACUCUGGAAGAGGUGGCUAAUGCUGCUAAGGGGAAGAGGGCACAUAGGGUUAUGCUCACUCGAUUGCUUGCUUUGGCAGGCCAUGCUUUGGCAGAGGCAGAGACCAGGCCUGAACCUAAGGAUUUGUGGGAAGAGCCGAUAAAUGCUACUUUGUGGCGACCGUGUUCUGACCAAAGGGAUUGGAAAGCCUCAGAGGGAACCAAUGGCUACAUCAUGAUCAGUGCGAAUGGUGGCAUAAACCAACAAAGGGUUGCGAUUUGUAAUGCAGUUACAAUCUCGCGGUUGCUCAAUGCAACUCUUGUCCUCCCAAAAUUCUUGUACAGUAAUGUUUGGCUGGACAAAAGUCAGUUUGGCGAUAUAUAUCAGGAGGAAUAUUUUAUCAAAUAUCUGAAAUCUGAUAUUCAGAUUGUUAAGGAUCUUCCAGUAGAGCUGCAGUCAUUAGACUUGGAGGCGAUUGGUAGCCUAGUUAAUGAUACAGAUGUCAUGAAAGAGGCGAAGCCCAGUUUAUACAUGAAAAAAAUACUGCCAAUUUUACUGAGAAACAGAGUUGUGCACUUUAUAGGAUUCGGCAAUCGCUUAUCUUUUGACCCAAUACCUUCUGACCUUCAGAGAUUGCGAUGCAGAUGUAAUUUUCAUGCUCUUCGUUUUGUAUACAAAAUUCAAGAAACUGGUGCAGUUCUUGUAGAGAGGUUGCAUGGCCAUAGGGCCUCUUCGUCACCUUUGAAGGAUAAUCUUUUAGGCCAGUUUGCCGUUAAGUCUGACCCCAGGGCGAACAAGAGUGAUGCAUCCAAAUAUCUGGCUGUUCAUCUCCGGUUUGAGAUUGAUAUGGUUGCAUACUCAUUGUGUUACUUUGGUGGUGGCAAAGAUGAGGAAGACGAACUAGAAGCUUAUCGCCAAAUUCACUUUCCUGUGUUGUCAGAACUCAAGAAGAUGACAAAGUUGCCCUCUGCUGCUUUCUUACGGUCCGAAGGCAAAUGUCCCCUUGCACCUGAAGAGGCUGUGCUUAUGCUAGCAGCUAUUGGUUUCAAGCGCAGCACAAAUAUAUACGUUGCAGGUGCUGAAAUUUAUGGAGGGAAGGAUAGGAUGGCUGCCAUAAGUCGUCUUUAUCCUGCUUUAGUAACUAAAGAAACCCUUCUGUCUCCAUCAGAGCUCGAACCAUUUAGGAACUUCUCAUCUCAGUUGGCAGCCCUGGACUUCAUUGCAUGCGCAGCUGCCGAUGCAUUUGCUAUGACUGACCCAGGAAGUCAAUUCUCUUCCCUUGUUCAAGGUUACCGCAUGUACUACGGUGGUGGGGAUCUUCCCACGAUAAGGCCAAACAAGCGCCGGCUAGCCAGCAUACUUGUGAAGAAUGCCACAAUUGAGUGGAAUGGAUUUGAAAAUAGAGUAAGAAAACUCAUACAGCAAACUAAGCAAGUUCACGAGAGGCCUGUUGCAAGAAGCGUAUUUAGACAUCCACGGUGUCCAGAGUGCAUGUGCAGAACAGAGCACUAAGAUCUUUUUUUAUAGUUUCUUGUGUCUAUACCAAUACUCCUUUUUCACAAGAAACACUAUACCAAUGAGAUCGCCAAAGGUAGUUCUUUUGUGCUUUGGCCGAAAUCUGGAUAUGUCUCUUGCUCUUGAACUACUUUGGAACCAAACCAUAAAAGAAAAGAAAAUACAGUGAUUGAGCUCUUGUUUGUAUCAGAGAAGCAAUAUAGCAGACUAGCCCAUCCAUUCUCUUACUGACAUGAUCUACUGCUAGGCAUCAUGUUGGAUUUUGAGUAUUAGGCAGAAUUUUGUUUCAUGUUUGACAGAAGAAGUGGACCGGGGACUGAUUUUUGCAUCUGGACAACAAUGCUGCCAUAUUUUUUUUAUUGAGAUCAGCUAUACCAUUCUGUGUAUGAAGGUGCAUCAUCUGCAGUUGACUGUCGAAGUAAUAUAUUGGCCAAACUGAGCAACAGCAUUCUCAUCUUUUAAGAGUGCUUCAAUUCUACUCGGGCUACCAUUCAACAAAUCAGGCUGCCAGAGUUCUGUCAACCGUGUAUUGCCAUCUCCAUUGUUGCUACCGUUGUGAUGGAGCUAAGUGGCAUAUUGACCCCUUUUUUACCAUUCUUUUGCCCAUUGUAGUACCAUAAAGAGAUGUAUUUAGUUAGGUCGUAAGUUUAUAUCAACUGAAAGCUUUCAUUAUCAGCGAGAGAAACGUUCCUUUUUUGUGCAUGCUU